CCAACACAGCCAAACAGCGAAAAGCAGAAGUCGCUGGCUCUCGAUCGACGAAGCGGGUCGCGUUUUUAUUUUAUCAAUCGCUCAUCAGUAGAGAGGCGUUUUCCAAAGCAGAGAAAAGAGUCCGCCAGCCUCGCGGUCACAAUCGAGCAGUCAGUCUGCACCGCGAUACGAGUGAGAAAAGCACAUCGGGAAAGGAAAAGCGCAGCGUUUGCUGAGCUGAACACAGUGAUAUACAACAUCGUGUAUGUAUGGUAGCGUUGUGUAGUAGUGUGUACUCAACUCAGUGAGUAGAAGGAAAAAAAAAUCGAACUAGAGCAAGGUGCAUUUUUCGUUUCGUUCGGAGUAUAAUCGCGUUUGAAGAAGAAAAUUUCCGGGCUCGUUUGGAAGUGCGCGGUCGGAUUUUAUCGGAACAAGUGGAUUUCCGCGUUCGAACCUAGAGGGACACCAUUUCUCCUGCGCUAGUGGAUAUGGAUCUGCUGCGGGCAGUAGAACAACGGCAGAAAUUUUCCGCAGCAGCAGCAGCAAACCAUAGCAGCAAUCGAAACAGCAGCAGCAAGAUGGACUCCGUUGCCGUCGUCGUCAUGGUGGGAACCGAGCGCUGCUAGCCAAGCUGAGCUUUUUUUAUUCGUCUUGGAUUGGUUGGUCGGAAACGAGAGUAAUAGUUUAUUGCUGUCUGGAUAGUUUAGCACGCGGAACGAAAAGGACCUAAUCAAUAGAACAGAGCGUAACAAAUACAUCAGUCAAGCUGCCACCACUAGCGACGACCCCAGCGUUUCAACACUCCCUCAUAUUUGGGACUACAGAUUCGAUCGAAAAAAUCAGGCACGCGAGAGCGCUCGUCGCGAUAGCCUCGUCCAGAAGGGUCAGUGCCGACGUUGGUGCGGCGAACGGAUUAGCAGCAGCAGCAGCAGUAACAAGAGUCAGUGGUACUCACAAACGGCGACGGAGUAGACGCCGCCACCAGCAGCUGCGGCAAGACGCCGCUGAACAUCAACGAAACAAGACGCGCACUGACCCCGGGAAAACCCAACCAACAGCACUUCUCAGGAGACGUACAAGUUCCAAUAUCUCAGCGCCAAUCCGGAAGAUGGUCGUAGCAUCCACCGGUCAUGGCAGCGGCAGUAGUAGCAGUAAUAGCAGCAGCAGUAGCAGUAGCAACAGUUCCAACUCCUUGUCCCAUCAUCCAAGUCAGUCCCGAAGCGGUGGCAGCUCCUCCGGAGGGCAUCAGCGAGGAUCGGGUUCACAGAUGGGAACUGCUUACGCCGCCGCCGCCGUCGGGGCUGCUAGUGGGACGGGAAUGACACCGAAGGAACUGUCGGACAAUGAUGACCUAGCGACCGGCCUGGUGCUGGAUCCGAUUUUGGGCUUUCAGACGCACAAGAUGAACCUCAAGUAUCGGCCGCUGCGGGUCAACACCGAUCCGAUCAAGGAUCUCAUCGAGGAUUUCAUCCGAACGCAGAACUACGCCAAAUGCUACCAGCAGCUGAUGAAGGGGAACUGGAUUCCGCGGGCGGUGCUCAACAAAAGCAAGCUGGCACAGAAGCGGCUGGAGGCGCACAUUUAUCGAUACCUUCGUGUGUUCGAUCGCAACGCGGGCUUCGUGAUUGAGGGCUGCUACCGGUACUCGCUCGAGGGCCAAAAAGGGGCUAAGAUUUGCUCCACGAAAAAGUGGCUGAAGAACGAAAAAAUUGAAUGUUUGGUCGGUUGUAUUGCGGAACUGACGGAGAAGGAGGAAGCGAUGUUGCUGCAGCCGGGUAAAAACGACUUUUCCGUUAUGUACAGCUGUCGGAAGAAUUGUGCCCAGUUGUGGCUUGGACCGGCGGCCUACAUCAACCACGAUUGUCGGGCUAAUUGCAAGUUUGUAGCGACCGGACGGGACACAGCCUGCGUCAAAGUUCUGCGAGAUAUCGAAAUCGGAGAGGAAAUAACCUGCUUCUACGGGGAAGAUUUUUUCGGUGAUAACAACCGGUACUGUGAGUGCGAAACGUGCGAACGGCGCGGAACGGGGGCUUUCGCGAAGGACAAGGAUGGGGAGGAACAGAGCCCCAAUGGGGUACGCUAUCGGCUGAGAGAAACCGAUAAUCGACUGAACAGACUGAAGAGUAAAAAUAAUCAGAUUGAUCACGGGAAGACGACGAUUGGUAAAAGUGAGCCACCGUCGGCGCUGGCAGCGCUAAGCAUGAAAGAGCUGCGGCAAAAGGGAAUGACCAAAUACGACGCGGAAAUGCUGCUGGCGCAGCAGAAUCAACAUUCCCCGAGGAAGGCCGCAGCGGAACAGGUGGAGGAACCGCCAAAGGAGUCAAAAGUCAGCAAAGAGGAGGAAAACGCUUCUUCGGCUGGGAUUGUUAAUGAGAAAAGAGCCACCAGAUCGUCCCGUCGAUUUCAAACCCCAAGCGAAGAGAAAAAGCAACCUGCCACUGGCAGUACGCCCUCGGAGUCAACGAUCGAGGAAGCGGCCACUCCGGUUCCUCCUAGAAACACACGAAACACCACCCGACCGUUACGGGAAAAUUGCCGCCGGCGUUACAGCAGCAACAGUAGCAUCAACACGGACAUCUCAAGUAUCCUCUCGUCGACGUCGUCCUUCGUUACGGCCAGAACUUCGGUCCCGACGGCAGCCGAACGAAAGAUGAUGCCCCGGACCGUUAAAAACCAAUCGAUUGGGGGCACCGGCCGAAACGACGGAGACGUAAUCGUAAUCGACGACGAUAACAACAGCAACCACUCGUUCGCCUCCAAGAGUAGCUGCAGUGGAAGUUCGUCGCUCUCGAAGGGCCAACCGCCAAAGAACGACAGCGUCUAUGUGUUCAAUGAUCUCCUGGAAAGUGGCAGCCUAAAUGGUUACACGCUUAGAAAUCAUCACUACCACCAACCCGAGCAACAGCAACAACCGCAGCAGGAUCAGUCAUCCCAGCGACCUGCAUCGACGAAACGACGCUCGACGAGACACUCCCCGGCAGCAGAGCAGCAGCAACAGCAGCAUUUCAGUCCUCGAGUGACCCGACGAAAGCAGCGACUACUCGAGGGCAGCAGCAACGAUUCCAUCACUUCCACGCUACCAUCGGAACCAGCGCCUACACCGGAGCAUCAGUCUCCUCCGCCAUCGGUAAGCACAGAUCUCACAUCCGGAAGUAGCGGUGACAGUUCGAACCGGGGCAAUCGCCGAAAGCAGAAACUACAGACCCGCGUCAUGCUGGCGGAUGAGGAAGCGGCACUGGAGAAACUCCAGGAGGGUCAGGAAGCGGACGAAUUGGAACGGCUAGGUCGUCGAUCGAGUGUCGGUCGCGUUCCCCGCCGGUUGAUGCUGGACGAAGAAGCCGAGGAAGAAGAGGAGGAGGAGGACGAUGUGAUCCUGUCGAAAGUAACCCAUUGUGAUGAUACUAAUGAUAAUGCUAAGUUGUUAAGAGGUAUAAACCCGCAUGAAGAUGUCAUCGUUUUGAGCAGCGGAAGCAGCAGCAACGGUAGUACUAGCGGUAGUGAAAGUAAUAGUGGUAAAGUAUCAACUAGAGAUAGGAGCUGUAGCAUUAGUGUAGAUAAAGAUAACGGUACGGAGUCGGUGGCCGGUGGAGAAGAGCUUGCUACGAAGACGGUGAUUGGAUCGCGGAAGCGUAAAGUGUCGAAAAGUGAGUCGGAGAGUAGUUCAAGCUGGGAGAAUAAGAUUCCCGUUCAGAAGCAACCGAAUCCGGAGACAUUGCUGAAAACACCGGAACGACGACUGAAGCUGACACUACGAAUGAAGCGCAGUCCGGUGAUUGACGAACUUAUCGAAUCAGGUACUAGCUUAAGCGACGACACUUGCAGUACUCACCACAACUAUAAACCGGAGUACGAGAUCCUGCGGGUGGAAGGCAUUGCAGAGGAUAGUGAGAGGGAUGACGAUGAUGAGGAGGACGGAGAUGAUGAUGAGCUGGACGAGGAACUUACGUACAGCAGCAGUUGCAGUAGUCGGCUGUCUCAGAAACGAAAGAAACGUCACAAAUCGAAAGAAGCCCGAAGGCAUCGGAAACGGGCAAAGCGUGAACUACGUCGUCACGCUCAUCACCAUCAUCACCACCACCAUCAUCAUCAUCAUCCACCUGCGGCGGUGCAGCAGCAGCAACAGCAGCACCAUCAACAACAUUUGCUGCCUUCGCAUCAUGGUCAGCAACAACAGCAGCCAUCGGUCAUUUUGCAACCAUCUGCACUGGGACCGGUGACUGCUGCUGUUACUGCGGCAGCUGCCGCCGCCGCAAAUCUGACCCCUCCCAAACGCCUGCCACUCGAUUUCCCAGCACCGACCAAACGGCUUCGGUUGAUAUUCGGCAACGAAACGCGGACAAUCGACAUUCCACCGACGGCGAAAAUUUCCGCUUCGUCGUCUCCCUCUACGCCGAGCUCCCUGCCACUAUCCCCAGCGGUCAGUUUAACGCCAAAUAGUCUCAACAAUUCCACCGCCAGCAGCAGCAUCGUCAACAACACGCCAGGGGUGAUCGUCAGUCCGUCGCGGUCUCUCACCACUCAGUUCCCUUCCUUGAAUAGUUAUGCUGCCGCCACCAACACGUUCUCCCGGUCUCCACAGCCACCAAAUCAAUCUUCCCAGCAAACGUCCAGCACGACGCAGCACCUGUUCGCCACCAACACGCUUAACCCAAUCUCGUUCCUUCAAAGCAGCAACCUGCCGCUGCAAUUUCAGCAUCAUUCUCAUCCCCAUCACCACCACAACCUAUUCCAGUUUCAGACUACUCCUCCCGAACCGCAACCCCAACAUAACGUCAUCCAACACACUGCUCUUCUACAACAGCAGCAGCUGCAACAGAAACAACAACAAACGAUGAUGACAACAACAACGACGAUUCAGUUGAAUCUAAACCACCACCACCAUCCCCGGUUCGGCGAACAUCUCAAUCAUAACCUUCACCAUCUUAACAAUCAUCAUCAUCAUCAUUCACACUUGACGGCGGCGGCAGCUGUAGCCGCAGGAACGGCUGCAGCCAACGGCCCAACCAUUGCCGCCGCCACCUCAAUAAGCACCACCACUCCGACCAAGUGUAGUCCGUAUCAGCAGCUGGCGGCACUGACCACGGCACAACCCGGUGUGGCCACGUUCAACUGACGGCUGGGGACGGCGGGCAAACUGCAACGGCGGUAGAGAGCGGCGAGGAAGUGGAACACCCCCAGCAGGGCGGGCGCGCGUGCGGAUGUGGUUGUGUUGGGGGUUUGUUUGUGGGACGGUUGGUCGAAUGGUUUUUUUUUUUGGUUUCGUUUCACGCGUGCAAAUUGCUUGCUGAAUCAGUUUUUUUUUU